GACAGCAGAAGGCGUUUUAUAUUCCCUUAAACUCUUUAUCCUUUCACAAAAGUUUCAAUGCAUGAAUGAAUCCUUAGGGACAAGGAGAAUGUGUUGGAGAGCUUCUCAAGGGAAAGAGAUUACCAUGGAUUUGCUUUACCCAAGUGGCAAGGAACAGGGCCUUCCGGUAUGGAAAAGAACACAGCUUAGGGAGAGAUGAUGGGGUGGUUCGUCUCCAGAGGAUAACUGGGGGAAGCAGUGUGGGAAAACUCGCAGAGUAGGUGGAGGCACAUUAGGAAGAGAAUGUCCCAAAUGAUCGCAAUUGCUGUACUGACUGAAUGGCAGCAACUAUGAGAUUCUGAGUGUUUGCUGGGUUUAUUUUCGUCAGACGCUUUUUUAAAAAAUCGAACGGCCCCAGGAGAUGUGGAGAAAGUUACCUUUUUAAUAUUAUCCCUAACACUGUCUAGCAAACACAUUCUCUCUCAAUUUGAUACUUAAAUUUAACCGUCAGAUUAAUAGCUAUUUCCGAUGAGUUUCUACAUCUUAGAUAACUUUUUAUUGCUUUAAGGAAUAAAUCAAAGGCAUUGCAGGCUAGUGGGAACAGGUGUUAGGAACAUUGAACUAGCUUAGCUGCGUUAUCCCACUUCUGAACGCAAGGAUCAAGUCAGUACCCCACCCCACCCACACCCCUGCCAUCUUCCUCUUCCAGCUGACUUGGUAGGCCCCUCUCAACCACAACCCUCGAUUUUACACAGUCUCUUUUGAGCUGUGUGCCAGGAUGCAGCCAUGAACUAAUGGGCUCCUGGGAAAGAUUUUUUGCAUUAUUGAUAGUAAAGUUUCUCCUGUACCCACAUCUUAAAGAAGAAACAACACCCUGUAAGACAGGUUUACAACAUAUCAUGGUUAAAUAAAGCAAUUGGCAUUAGAUUGUAAUAUAUUUACAAAUCACAAUAGGGUAAAAGUAGUUCUUAACUAUUUUGGAUACGAAGGGUAAAGUAUUAAACUGUCCUCUACUUUUUAAAGUAUGUGUGUGUGUGUAUAUAUACAACAAACCUUAAUUUUUUAUAGCAGGGGUGCAUCUACUUUAAUUCUCUUCAGUACAUGGUAGGGACUUUAGUAAUUAAAACUGUCUUCAACAAGCCAAAGUUUAAGCCAAUCAUGUUCCAAGUGAGAGGGACUUGUGAGCCGUUUUAAAAAACCUGACAGGGUUAUCAUUAUACAAACCGCAGAAUGUGAAAUUGGGCAAAACCUUCAACGCCAGUCAUCUAAGAAGACCGGUUUCCGAACUAAAGGCAACUCAAAACAGUGGCGAUCAUUAAAAGGCCAUGUGAGUUGAAGUAAGGAAAACCUAGGAAUUAGUGCAAGAGAAAUAAAAGCCAAGAAAUGCGUCAUUCUACAAACAAAGAACUGAUCCUUGGCAUCAUGGUGGGAACUGCUGGAAUCAGCUUGCUGGCUUUAUGGUACCACAAGGUCCGUAAGCCAAGGACAACAAUGCACUUGCCUAGAUUUCUUUCUCUGGGUAAGAAAUUCGAUUCACUAACUUGGCAAGAUGAAACGCCCAGUGAACAAGGAGCAUCCGUGGUCUUUCAGAGAAGGCAACUUCAGAUACUGGAAAAGUUAAACGAAUUACUGACCAACAUGGAAGAACUGAAGGAGGAAAUCAGAUUCCUUAAAGAAACGAUUCCAAAGCUGGAGGAAUAUCUACAAGAUGAACUUGGAGGGAAGGUAGCAGGUCACAAGAUCAGUCCUCAGCACAGAGCUAGGAAAAAAAGGCUGACGACGGUUCAACGUGCAGCAACAAGUAAUAGUUCAGAGGAAGCAGAAAGUGAAGGAGGGUAUAUGACAGCUAACACUGACACAGAAGAACAGAGUUUCCCAGGCCCUAAGGCUUUUAACACGCACAUAGAGGAACUGAAGUUGGAUGUCCUCCUUCAGAAGGUAGACCUUUUACGGAUAAAUGAGUCUGACAAAGUGCAGAGUUUUGAGCUGCUUUGUGACCACAAAGAAAAGUUUAGUGAAGAGAUAGAGUUUCUGUGGCGGCUUGCCCGUGCCUAUGGAGACAUGUAUGACCAAUCUACAAAUACACAGGAAAAGAAACAUUAUGCUAAUAUUGGAAAAACGUUAGGAGAGAGAGCUAUCACUCGAGCACCCAUGAAUGGACACUGCCAUCUGUGGUAUGCAGUUUUAUGUGGUUAUGUAUCUGAGUUUGAGGGCUUGCAAAACAAAAUUAACUGUGGACAUCUAUUCAAGGAGCAUCUAGAUAUAGCCAUCCAGCUCUUACCUGAAGAACCCUUUUUGUAUUACCUCAAGGGAAGAUAUUGUUAUACUGUCUCAAAACUCAGCUGGAUUGAGAAAAAAAUGGCUGCCACUCUGUUCGGACAAAUACCAUCAUCAACGGUUCAGGAAGCUUUGCAUAACUUUCUUAAGGCUGAAGAAUUGCAACCUGGUUAUUCCAUGUCCAACUACAUGUUCGUGGCCAAGUGUUACGUUGAUCUUGAGGAAUCUCAGGAUGCCUGGAAAUUCUGCAACUUGGCAUUAUUACUGCCUAUUGUUACCAAAGAGGACAAGGACGCACACAAAGAGGUGAAAAAAAUAAUCUGUUCUUUGAAGAGUUUCAGGCGGAAAACACACAGGAAGAGUCGUGAGCACACCGACAAUGUCAAGUCAAAGAAUGUGGCCACCACGAAAGACUAGAUAGUGAAAAUAAAGCGUGCAAAACUGUAGUCCUCAAAGACACACUGUGGACGGACGGAUGUGUUGAUGAGAUAGGACAGAAAGCCUUUGUUUGUAUGUGUAUGCUCAAAUGCACACGCUAAUUUAGCAUACGGUAAAAGUGGUAUGUGAAAGAACUGUCCAAAGAGUAAGGUCUUGGGGCAUUGGGGCGAGGUGGAAGAGAGAGCUAGAGCAAGCUACAAGAUUGUUAAGCAACUGGUUCAGAUCUUGUUUAUUCAGAAAGAGCCAGGAGUAGCUCACACAUUCCCCUGCCACCAUGAUGUUCACAGGUCCACUGGGGAGCAGUGUCUUAGCUGUGUCUUACUCCUUACGUCUCAAGCAUUCCUAUCUGUAUCACAACACAGCAACAAUAACGUGUUGCAAGCAUAUACAGUACAGUGGCCGAUCAACAGAGGUGAUGGGUACAUGUAAUGGCGCUGAACACAGCAGCAGAAAAAACGCCAACUAGGAAGGAUAUCCAGACUUAAGAGAAACGAGGAUGCGGGGGGUGGGGGGGGAUGAAGAGGAUAGCCUAGCUUGACAUGCUCGCAGGACCCUUCUAGGUAUGGCUCGACUUGAAGAUACAGGAAUGCCUAUGCUAGAGAACGAUGGAGACUCAUCACAGAAAUGCCUGAUUUUCAUCGGAGAGGAGCAGGACAUCCCCACAGUAGCACCACCCAAGGGCACAUAGGCAUGGUUCUGCAUGCUCGCAAGCAAGCCUUGGGCCUCUUGCUGCCAGCUCUCAGGGUGCACAUAACAUUAAGUGACAAACCCCAGUAGGUGCCCAAACAAUAACUGUUCGCUUAGAGUUGAGCUUUGUUUGUGACCAGCGCUCACUUCACUCUCCACACCUUUUCCUUCCAUGGGAGCCCUGAGUGGCAUGGACUAGACAGACCCAGUAUCUGUUCCCAUAUUUUUUUGUCAAAGAAAGUUAAGGCUGAGAGCCGUAGACUGAUUGAUUGGCAUCUUCUUGAUGCCCUGUCCGAGUGCACAAACCUCCUGCUCCAUUUGCAUUCCUAUUGGCAGGCGGUGAUGAUAGGCAUUGAACUAAGCCAGUCCAGGCAGCAGUGCCCACGACGUUCCUGGAUGUAGCCCUCACAUCAAAGCUCAGCAGGUCUGGGAACAGCACAGGAGAUGAACUCUUAGGUUCCUGCUAUGCAGAAACAGGGCCAGGGGUAGGCAGUAUUGAGCUGACAGACACAGGGUUGUCUGCUGAAGUCUGAUGAGACAGCAGCCUGGCCAAGAUGUUACUGUACUGACUGGUACAAGGAUAAUCAAGGCUGCCUAGC